GAUGAUCGUCUGGACGUGAAGCCGAAGCAGGUAUCGGCACUCGUAUGUAGUACAAACUACAAAAGGAGGAGAAUAAUAAUAAAAUCUCGUUUGGAGUGAAGUCAGUGAUAGCGAGCAUUGAGCAAGGCUUUCUGUUUUUACUAAACCAGUAGGCCGCGGAAUAACUAUUGCUGCUUCGAGCCCCAAGUAUGGCUGCAAUGGCGAAAUUGAACACACUCAACCCCCUAGACUCUCAUCUUAGGGAAUCUCCUCUCAUCGAGCCGAGGCUGGUCCAUUCCCAACUGCGAAGCUCCCAGGUUUCACACUUAAAUGUGAGGAUAAAGUACGCAAGACGCACAUCCAUUAUUCGUCCAGUAGUAAGAGCGCAGAGCCCUUCAGAUCUUACACCGGACUCGAAAUUCUACAAAGUUGAAGCGAUUUUAAGACCGUGGCGGAUUCCACAAGUCUCAUCGGCUCUGCUCAAGAUGGGCAUUCGUGGUGUGACAGUUUCUGAUGUUCGAGGUUUUGGUGCUCAGGGCGGGUCAACAGAAAGGCAUGCUGGCUCUGAAUUUUCUGAAGACAAGUUUGUUUCUAAAGUAAAAAUGGAGAUUGUCGUUAGCAAAGAGCAGGUUGAAGAAGUGAUUGACAAGAUAAUUGAGGAGGCAAGAACUGGGGAGAUCGGUGAUGGAAAAAUAUUCUUAAUACCUGUUUCAGAUGUGAUAAGAGUCCGCACAGGUGAGCGUGGAGAGAAGGCUGAGAGGAUGACUGGGGGACGUUCAGAUAUGAUCACUACCAGUCCAUCUAUUUGAGGGUGGUAGAAAGAGGCUGAAAAAGAGGGAAAAGACCCUUUAUUUUCUCCUGAUCAUAGUGGAAAAGUUUGUCUAGACCUGUUUAUUAUGAGGAUAAAUAUACUGUCAUAUCUUUCAUUCUCCUUCUUCACAAAGUUUUCCAACAUGUUCCAUUAUUCUAUUUGAACCGUCUCACUUUGAAUGGAAGGGAAAGGCAUCUAGAAGUCAACAAUGUCAAGGAUCUUUUGGAACA